GUUCCUACACUUCCCACAACUCGUCUACAUCAGUCGAGCACUGAGAGUAGCAGCAGCAGCAGCAGCAGCAGCAGCGCUACGCUACGGCGCAAGUUAGUCUUGUGUGUCCCUGUCGUUGAACUUCACACGAAUAGUCAGUGCAGUGUGCAGCGGAGCGACGAGCAAAAGUGCACCCAACUCCCCCGUGGUAAUAAUGUUUAUAAACAUUUUUCCCGGUGGCCGCUGCGAUUUUUCUACCUGAUAAAUCGACACGCAGCUGCACAUUGUCGACCUCAGCAGUCGCCGCGUAUUAGCUCCAAGAGAAAGAAAAGGAGGACGAGUCUUUUCGCGGGACAUCCUUGGGCCGAGCCAGUCCAUAGUCAAGAUGGGACGCUUUACAGGGAAAAAAUGCCGUCUUUUGACCAUGCUGUGGUUGACGGCAUUUUUCUUCCUAGUUGAAAUAAUCGUGGGAUAUGUGACAAAUUCCAUGGCACUAAUAGCGGAUAGUUUUCAUAUGUUAUCAGAUGUGGCAGCCUUAGUGGUAGCCUUUCUUUCUGUAAAAAUGUCUCCAAAGAAAUGGUCAAAGAACACAUUUGGCUGGGCUAGGGCCGAGGUCCUUGGUGCACUGGUUAACGCUGUUUUCCUCGUAGCACUGUGCUUUAGUAUUACCGUCGAGGCUUGCAAGAGGUUUAUCGAAGUCGAGAAGAUUCACGAUGCCAAGCUCCUCGUCGUCGUCGGCGCCUUGGGUCUUGUAGUCAAUCUUGUCGGAUUGUGCUUGUUCCAUGAGCACGGUCAUGGACACGGCGGUCACUCUCAUAGCAUCUCGCGCAGUCAUAACCGGCUUAGCACGCUGGUGGGCACUGAUGACAACGAGAAUGACGAGACCUAUAGGCCGCCCUCGCCCCUCAAACGUGCUGGAGGCCAUGGACACGGACAUGGACACAGUCACGGCGACGGUAGCCAGAUGAACAUGCGUGGAGUAUUCCUCCACGUGCUCUCCGAUGCUCUCGGAUCGGUUAUCGUCAUCGUUUCUGCCCUCAUCGUCUGGCUUACCAACUGGGAGUACAGAUUUUAUAUUGAUCCGGCACUAUCUCUGCUUCUUGUGAUGCUUAUACUGAAGUCAGUCUGGCCUCUCCUUCAGGAAUCAGCUUUGAUUCUCUUACAAACUGUACCAACGCACAUUCAGGUUGAUGCUAUUCAACAAAGACUUUUGGAGAAUAUCGAUGGCGUGCUUGCCGUCCACGAGUUCCACGUCUGGCAAUUAGCUGGAGAUAGGAUUAUCGCCUCAGCUCAUAUACGUUGCCGCAACCUGUCUGAGUACAUGAAGAUUGCGGAGCAAGUCAAAGAAUUCUUCCAUAACGAGGGCAUCCAUUCUACUACCAUUCAGCCUGAGUUUAUAGAUUAUCAAUCUAACAGUGAAAUUAAGGAAACUCCAACGGAAGAUUGCGUACUUGAUUGUCCAAAAACUGACAAAUCAUGUAAUCAGGCAACUUGUUGUGGUCCAUCGAAGCAGGGUCGAGAAACACCAUCUCCGGGCGAGACACCAUACAUGUGCCGUCAGCGUAGCAGUUUGGCGCGCUCGACGAAUUCGAUAGCGGGUGGUGGUGGCGGCGGAGACCCACAGCAGGAACUCAAUGAGAUGGAACGGGGCCACUUGCUGUCGCCGGCCUCUAUGCCCAGCGUCGUCGGCCAGAUGCAACAUUCGCACAUUAUGUCGCCGUCGGUCUAAACCGCGCACAUCUGUGUUCAUGUUGAAAAGAGCUGGAGGUUUCCAGGUUUCUUUUUUUCUUUGCAUUUCUCCGGAAGGUCAAGUAGACUCGCUUUGAACGUGUUACGUCAGGCUGGUUGAAAGAGGCUGGUCUUUUUUCGCAGAUAUUGGAUCAAGUAGGAAUUGGAGAAGCAAAGCUACACUUGUGUCACAAGCAUGAUAACUCUGUGACUUUGUUUUACUAAUUCUUCGCAUGCCAUGGUCUUAUUGAUUGUAGCGAAGGACUGUGAUUGUUUUAUUCUCUGACCAGACUAACGAAGACGGAACUAGCAAUUCUUUCAAGAGAUUCGCUCUAACAACUUAAUUUUUACCUAUGUUGCAGCUGUUGCUAAUAAUUGCUCAUUUACAUACGAUACUAAAUAUCAUAAGUAAAUGAGCUACUUCAUACAAAAUUAUACUCGUUGUCAAGCAUAUAUUUAGCUGCCAUUGAAACUGUUAUUGAAGCUGCGUACAAAUUGAACGCAAUCAUAAAAUCGUCAAAUGAAACUUUAAUACGUAUAAUGUUACAUGAACUUUUUUGUAAAAGAGAAAAGAAGAAGGAAUUUUUAUAUUUCUAUAUUCAAUUUUGUAUAAAAAAGUAAACCCUCUGUAUACUAAAUUCAUUUAUGAAAAGUAUGUAUAUUUCAUAGAAAGUUUCAUAUUUCAACUGUAUAUACUGUAGAUUCAAUAAUGUUAAUAAAAGUAUUAUGAUCUUAAUAAAAAGGAGGAAGUUAUAUAGCGAAACAAAUCCUUUUUUUAAUCCGACAUUGAGUAAAAUUAAAGAGUUAAGGCGAAUCUCAGUCGACAUCACUACAGAAACGUGUGCAAUUAGUAGUUUCUUUUUUUAAGAUAUCAUCAACUACUUUUCUUCCAUGUCUGAAUAAAUUAUAGACAAUGCAAUUUAAAUUUAAAUAUACUAGAAUUGUAUUUUUUGUCAUUUUUAUUUUAUACUUUCGUUCAUCAGUUUAAUGAAACAAACAAUUUCCUACGACUUAGCACCAUAGAAGUCUUUCUUUUCUAAAGUGAAGAAAAAUCGAAGCAAUGCAUAGCCUCUAAUAUAACCUCUAAGGCUUUUUCAAAAAAGUAUUAAAUAAAGAAGUCAAAAAACACAUUUUUCAAAACAAAGGUCGCGAGAGAAAUAUCGUUUUUACAAUGAAAAAGAAAAAAAAACAAUUAUUUGAAGAAAAAAAACAAAGACAGAAUUUGUCGACAUCAUUAAACACAGACAAAAAUAUGAUACUAAGAGUUAGAAAAAAAAGAAACUUUGGCAAUGAUCUCUUUUCGCACAAUUACACCGUCUACCUCCAUAGCCGAUUAAAGACGAAAUAAGAAAAAAAUACAUUAAUUGAGGGAAACAGCGUUGUAGUCAGCACCAUAUACGAACCGGAUCGAAUAAUCGAAAAAAUCGGCGCUUCGCAUUCACGCGGAUGCAAGAAAAGCUUAUCUUGGCGACAAAGGCGCGCCUGUAUUGCGAUAAGAUUGCGGGGAUAAAA